AUGCGUUGUAUUACAGGGAGUAUUUUUAUUGUAACUCUUGUUCUGCACGUCAGUGGCCGCGAUCCUGCAUUAAGGAUUAUAGGCGGCAGUGAUACUGGUAAGGAAGAUCUGCCGUAUAUCGCAAGACUACGACAUGUUGUCCAUUUGGAUGUAGAAAAUCAGAUUACCGAAGAAGAUGAAAAUCUUUGCACUUGCGCUAUUUUAACACCACAUUGGACAUUGACAGCCGCGCAUUGUCUAGUUGACUUUGAGGAAGAUCUUCUAGAUGUGCACGACUAUAUAAAAGCAAGAAAACCUUACAUGAUAUCAGCCAGACACAUGGUAAGUUAUGGUCGUCUUGAGAAUAAUACAAAAAAUGUUCUACGAUACUUCCGGCAUCCUGCAUAUGCACGAAGUAAAUUUAAGUUGUCCAAUGAUAUAGCUCUGGCAAACACUCAACCGAUUGACUUGGAAUCGUACGGAUGGUUGAGAGCAGUUGAUUACAAGGCUGUAGUAGGACAUGAAGCUAUCGUGGCUGGUUACGGUUCAGGACAUAUACCGGGACCAGUUGGCAGCAAAAUGAAUAGUUGUAGUCCAGCAAUACCUUUGAAGAAGUUAAAAGUAGUUGUCGUAAAGUGUGGUGAGAAUCGUCACAUAAAUCCAUCGAUGUGCAUCGCUAGACGCUGCGGGCAAUCAUCUUAUUUGUGUGUUGGAGACUCCGGCGGACCGCUGAUCCAUCCAUCAGGUAUUAUCGGCAUCAACUCCAUGGGUCCAAAAGAUUUGCAAGACUUCUGCAAAUUAAAAUCAAGUUCGCCUGUUUUUGAUGUUGGAGUUAUGACACCAGUGAGUCCGUACAUUGAUUGGAUCAGCAGAACAAUUGAAACUCCACAGGGACCUGCAACCGAGAUAUCAUCCGAGACCUCGGAUCAAUCCCGAGAAAGGAAAAAAAACUUGAAGUUUUUUGGCAUGUCGACCUCUGAGAGCAAAGAAGAUCCUUUGCCUGCCAAGCAAGAUUACGAUUUUAGGUUCAAGGAAGAAUCCUCUGACUUAGAAUGGUGAUCUGCCUGGCGAGCUAGAACCUACGGCUAGUUUUAAGUUGGAAUUUUUCAUCCAUAUUUAUUAAGCGCGCGCAAACUUCACGAUGUGCAACUACUCGAUAAAUUUUGAUUAAGCUAUAUUAUCUACAUUUGCCAACUAGCCGUCCAAGCUAGUUUAUUUGUUACGUACCUGUAUUCAGCUUACAAGACGAGAUGACCAGCUCUUGGCAUGUACUACAUCAGUGUGCGGGUGUUAUCAGGAUACAGUCAGCGUUGCACACUGAUACAACCCACGUCAAGAGCUGGUCACACUCAGCCUAGUCUUGCGUUGAAGUGA